GUCCACCUUACGUUACCGCCUCUGCUGUAAGUAAGAAGAUACUGCGAAGUUGUUGCUGCCACCCCUUCCGAAAAAUCGUUUGUUGGGUUUCACAGCUACUUUUGAAGCCCCCGCUUUGCUUAGCGUCGGGGCAGUAGUCUACUGAUCCUUGUUGGAAUACGUGGCUACGACAAAGAUGGUAAAGGCGCGUCGUUCUCGCCUUACGAGUGGGCCAUCUGAUGCCGCUGGGUUUCUCUUACUACUCACCAUGUUCCUAGUUGCGCACAUGGACACUGCAUGUGCUCAAGCAACAAUAAUGACAAGCACUCUGGAUCUUGAUGACAACGUCCUAGUGCUUGAAUUUGCAAGUCUUGAUAUGAAUUUAAUGGUUGACUGCACUAAACUUAGGUUGGGGAGUACUGUUGGGGGAUUUUCUAAUUCCCAGCCCCUAUCCAAUCCAGCCACUGUCACUAGCAUGUCAGCAACAGUAUCGUGUCCACUUGGAACUGAUCUGAAGAUAGCAAUAGAAACAGAUGAUAAUUUCGGGACAACUUCAACUGACACAGUGCUCUUUAUAGAGAGUGGAAAUGGUAUAAAUGAUACUGGUAAUGAGUUGGAUCCCGAUAUGACAGGGAUGAAUGUUAGUAUGGUCGACAGUGAUGAC